AUGGCGGCCUCCGAUGCUCAGAACGGCGUCUCCUCCAUCAGGCACGCCUUCGGCAAUGUUCUCGCCUUCUUCAUCCUUCUCCUGAUCGGCGUUCUCGCGUUCUCGAUCCGUCUAUUCUCGGUUAUAAAGUAUGAGAGUGUUAUUCACGAGUUUGAUCCUUAUUUCAACUAUAGAGUCACUCAGUUUUUGACAAAGAAUGGGAUAUAUGAUUUCUGGAACUGGUUUGAUGACCGAACUUGGUAUCCCCUUGGACGUGUAAUUGGUGGGACUGUCUAUCCUGGUUUGACCUUGACAGCAGGCACCUUAUGGUGGAUACUGAAUUCGUUAAACAUACCUCUCUCAGUUGAAACUGUCUGUGUGUUUACUGCACCUAUAUUCUCAGCCUUUGCUUCAUGGGCAACUUAUCUUCUGACAAAGGAGGUUAAGGGUGCAGGGGCUGGUUUGACAGCAGCAGUUCUUCUGGCUAUGGUCCCCUCAUAUAUAUCUCGAUCAGUGGCUGGCAGCUAUGACAAUGAAGCUGUUGCUAUAUUUGCUUUGAUCUUCACUUUCUAUCUCUAUAUUAAGACGCUUAAUACAGGGUCCCUCUUUUAUGCCACUUUGAAUUCCAUAGCAUACUUUUACAUGGUUUGCUCAUGGGGAGGGUACACUUUUAUCAUCAAUCUUAUUCCAAUGCAUGUGCUCUUGUGCAUUGUAACUGGUCGCUAUUCUUCUCGACUCUACAUUGCAUACGCACCUCUUGUUGUAUUGGGCACACUGUUGGCUUCCUUGGUGCCAGUGGUUGGGUUUAAUGCUGUAAUGACAUCAGAGCAUUUUGCAUCAUUUCUGGUUUUCAUUAUCAUCCAUGUAGUGGCUCUUGUGUACUAUAUUAAAGGAGUUCUUUCCCCAAAAAUGUUCAAAGUAGCUGUUGCACUAGUGGUUUCUGUCGGCCUUAUGCUGUGCUAUGGUGGCAGUACUUAUAGCAUUGGUAGCAUCAAGCCCAACAAAGGGAUGGAGUGGAAGAAGUUUAAGUCUGUUAGAUCCUUCUUAACGUCUUUGUUGUGUGACAGUACUUAUGCAAGCAAGUAUAUUCCAAUCAUUGCAAGUGUUAGUGAGCAUCAGCCACCUACUUGGCCUUCAUACUUCAUGGACAUCAAUGUCUUGGCAUUCCUAGUUCCAGCUGGCAUUAUUGUUCGCUUGAUGCUUGUACUUGCUCCAGCAGCAUGUAUAUUGUCUGGGAUUGCACUUUCUCAGGCUUUUGAUGUUUUUACAAGAUCUAUCAAGUUGCAGUUGCCCAGCUUAUCAGAUCAUUCCCAGGUUGAUGCAGGGGUAGCAAGUCCUGAAAGUGUUGUGCCAAAUGAUUCGGUGAAGAUGGAUAAAAGUGAGGACACAUCAAAGGAACGGACCUCAAAGAAGAGCAAGAAGAAGGAAAAGGAACCCGUGGAAAAGCCUCUUAGCAAGUCACAAAUUAAGAAAAGGCUUUUGGUUUUACCUCUGGAAACAUCCGUCAUUGCUAUUAUCUUGCUUGUGUUGCUGGGUGCCUUCUAUGUGGUUCACAGUGUAUGGGCAGCAGCAGAAGCUUAUUCAGCCCCUUCUAUUGUUUUAACGUCACAUUCACACGAUGGACUUCAUGUUUUUGACGAUUUUAGAGAGGCGUAUGCUUGGUUGAGUCAUAAUACAGAAGUAGAUGAUAAAGUGGCAUCUUGGUGGGACUAUGGAUACCAAACAACUGCCAUGGCUAACCGAACAGUCAUUGUUGACAAUAACACCUGGAAUAACACACAUAUCGCUACUGUCGGUACUGCCAUGUCUUCUCCAGAGAAGGCAGCUUGGGAAAUUUUUCAUUCAUUGGAUGUCAAAUAUGUUCUUGUUGUCUUCGGAGGACUAGUUGGCUAUCCCAGUGAUGAUAUCAAUAAGUUCCUGUGGAUGGUUCGAAUUGGAGGGGGUGUAUUCCCUCACAUAAAGGAACCAGAUUAUUUAAGGGAUGGUCAAUAUCGGAUUGAUUCCAUGGGCACACCAACAAUGCUUAACUGCCUUAUGUAUAAACUUUCAUAUUACAGGUUUGUGGAGACAGAUGGUAAAGCUUUUGACAGAGUGAGGCGGACAGAAAUUGGAAAGAAAUAUUUCAAACUUACUCAUUUCGAGGAGGUCUUCACAACUCACCAUUGGAUGGUUCGGAUAUACAAGUUGAAACCACCAAAGAACAGGAUAAGAGGGAAGACUAAAAAGUCGAAAUCGAAAACAAGCUCAAAACCCGCCUCAAAAAGAAAAGGACUAAAAAGGAAUCCCUUUUAG